AUGGCCCAAGCCCCGCCCACCUUUACGCCGGAUAGCGAAUUUGCCGAGCUUGAGACUCCUCGCGGCCCAAGGGGUGGAAGUCUAUCAAUUACUGCCUUAGCGCGGUUCGAAUUCGAAGCUGGCAGGGGAAAUGAGGGCACUAAGAUUUUGAUGGUGGAGUGGGAGGACGAUGACCUGACCCGAUCCACCGCUGACGGUUCAUGGCACGUUUCAUGGGAAGGGAAGACCACUGUCCUACCUGCGGAUGAGCGGCCGAAUGACAGCACCCGUCGCUUCUACUUCUUAUUGCCGCCAAAUGUCACCAUUCCUCCGGUUAUUAAACUAUCCUAUGAGCCCUCGACAAACAAGGACCCUGUUGCCACACGAUCAUCAAAGGCUCGUGAUGCUUUGCAAUUGAACCCUCUACCGGCCAUCUUCCCUCCUGAGCUGGGUGCCACCGGUCGUGCGGCUGGUAAAAAGGGUGUACUCCAUACAAUUUGGGCAAAGAAGCGCCUGCGCGUGUUAGACGCCGAGAUUCAGGAUGAAGCUGAGAACAAUGCCGAGGGAGUUGCACUCCACAUGGCUGUCCAGGAAAAGGAAUGGAUCGAAGAAAACUUUGGUGUUGGAGCCCGUGCCAUUGACAGCGUUGCCAGUAGUCAUGACUCUGCGGCCUCGUCUACCAUGUACCCAGCAACCCCGGUAUCUCCUAUCAGUGGGAGAAAAUUGACCGACAAACUAAAAGGUCUGAAGCUACAGACAAGCGAGAGGGACUUGUCUGCAAACAGUGCCCCGAGCUCGGCAAAUCCUUUGUCGCCUCAGUCUCCUGACGUGGCUGUUUCUUCAUUCAGCUCGUUCAGAAAUGUUACGAAUAGGCCUCUGCACUCAAUGCCCACGCCUGAUACAAACGCAACCCCGACUCCUAACACCCAAUUCAACCCUGCUGAAGCCCGGCCCCUCAAGGCAGUGGCGCAGUUUCCUCCGGAAUCUCUGCAGGAAUUCCAACAAGCCAGCGACUCUGGCGGCUUCGCUUCUAUGAACUCGAUGGGCCCUCUCGUCCGUACUUCCAGCGCGGAAUCUGGCGAAGAUCUCUUCGCAAAGGCAUUGAGCCCUCGUUCACCAGAUUUGCCCCGGAGCCCAUUCUCAUUCGCUUGA